AUGGUCAGUAUUUGGCCAAAACGGUGCUCCUGCUUGGACUCCCCAGCAGAUGAUCCAAAGAGGCAGGCGCAGUUAAAGUUUAUUCAUUCUGGCGACACGGUGGCCAUGGUCAUGGUGGUUCCAGAUGGAGCAUUACCUUGUGAAUUGCACUUGCUGUUUCAAUUACCCUUUGUUUUUCCUGCAAGAAACAUUUCUCUCAAGUGCACGCAAGACACCGAUGAAUUCCUUUCUGAUCUGAAUUCGGUGGAGCCCAAAGAAUACGCUCUAAGAAUGUAUGACUCCGUCGGGAAACUUGGGAGCAACAUUCUCAGUGGAAACGUGGACAGGCUGGGGUCCUACAGUGAGUGCCUCUCCACCUAUGCGCCCUCGGGGGGCUUCCAAGGGCAAUACUGCAAGCUUCACGUCCUGCAGGGUGGAGCUGACUACAGCGUGGGCGUGUGUGUCCCUGAUUCUUGUGCCGAAGAGGAUGUGACUGCGAUGGCUCAGCUGGGUAUUUUAAGAUUCAGAAAUGCUUCGUUUUGGGCGCCUUCCCUCUCUCUCUUUACAAUGAAUGCGCCCUCGACGUCUGGUGGGGGUGUGGCCAGGUGUGCUGCUGGGAAGUUCCCCCUUGACGCCUUUGCUGCCGUGUGUCUGUUCUUCACCCUGCUCGGCCUCGCCCUUCCUCUGGCUGGAACUGCCUACGUGGCAGCCAGGGGGUGGGGGUCAGACCACAAGGCGUCCCCCGCGCACGGGACACAUUCGGCCACGUACGGGAGCCUGCCUUUGACAGAGACGGAGAGCAGCGAACCGGGAAACAGAACCCAGCGGCCGGGGGGCCGGGCCCAUGUCUCACUGUCAGGAGCCGCGAGCAGAGGAAAAAGAUUUCUAGGAGCCAUGGACCAUGCUCUGAAAUGCUUUUCUUGGCAGAAGAAUGUGCCGGCCAUCUGGUCUACCAAGGCGCCGGGGAGCACGUGCUCUGCGCUGAAUGGCAUCCGGGUCUUGAGUCUCCUGUGGAUCAUGUCGGGGCACACCGGCCAGAUGACCGCCUGGCUGUCUCUGGAUAAUGUGCUUGAAUGGAGAGCCAGAGUGCUUAAAAACCCGCUGUACCUUUAUUCUCGGAGUGGCCCAUUCUAUCUUGGGGUUGACACAUUUUUCCUGAUCAGUGGCUGGUUGAGUGUGAGGUCAUUUUUAAAGAUGCAGCAGCUUUCAGAGAAAGGAAUAACUGCGAGUGUCAUCCUCAGAUACUACUUUGAUCGCCUUCUAAGGUUGCAGCCUCUUCACAUGUAUUCCGUGUGCUUGGUGGUUGGACUGUUCUCCCUUGUUCCCUGGGGCCCUGUCUGGGAGGUGCCGAAGCUCCACCUGGACAACUGCCGGCAAGCGUGGUGGACAAACUUGCUGUUGCUCAAUGACUUCCUGUGGCUCCGGAAUGCGUGCAACGGCUGGACGUGGUACCUUGCCAGUGACUUUCAUUUCCAUCUCACGACCCCAGUGAUCGUCUCCGUCCAUGGAAAAAGUAAACACGUCCUUGCCCUCCUCGGGGCCGCGCUGUUCCUGGCGUCUUUCACUGCCACUGCUCUGCUCACACUGGCUCACGACCUUCCCGUGGCAGCGCCCUCAGAAGCAAGUGAAAAUGCAACCGUGUUGUAUUUCUCGGAGUACUACACGAAGCCCUACUGCCGAUUCGGGCCGUUCCUCGUGGGGGUCUUUCUGAGCCUGUUCAUGCACCAAGACCACCAGGCAAAUGUCCUCAAAACCAAGGUGCAGGCUCUGCUCGGGUGGAUCGCCUGCCUGUCCACCCUGUUCGCGGUGGUCGCUGUGGCGUACGCAGUGGACGACACCUCUGCCACCCCUUCAGCUGCUGCUGCUGUCUACCAGGCCCUGCACCGGACCCUGUGGGCGGUGGCCGUGGGCUGGGUCGUGUUUGCAUGUCACGAAGGCUAUGGAGGGCCGGUCAACCAGCUGCUGUCUUGGGGUACCUGGAGCUUCCUGGCCAGCAUCAGUUACGCCUGCUACUUGGCGCACCCUGUGGCCAUAAUCCUCUACAAUGGGCUGCAGGAGACGCUCAUUCACUACACCGACACCAACAUGCUCUAUCUUUUCUCUGGACACUGUUUGCUGACCUUCACCGCCGGGCUGGCCCUCACGCUCUUCAUUGAGAAACCGUGUCAGGAGCUGAAGCGCUGCCUUCUGGGGUCGGUGCCUGCAGGGCCAGGAACAUCGUAG